AUGCUUCAGUGCCAUGGGCUUAAUCUGGCCAAGCCGGGUUGGCGACUAGAUGCCCACAAGCCCAGCUCAGCCUCGUCAUUCAGCCAGUCUCUUCGGUUCGUUUGCCCACCUGCAAUCCGUUUAGUCUUCUUUCUCUAUUCAUCAUUUAUUUUCUUCAUUUUCUUCUUCCGAUUCUUUUUAUUCUACUUAAACUACUACUUCUUCUUUAUCCUUUUCCACUACUUCGUCUCCUCUUUGUCUCCAUUUUCCUUUCAUAUUUCUUCUUUCCUUGUUUCUUCCUACUCUUCCCAUUAUCCACUGAUUCUUCAUCUGUUAUUUCUCCCCUCUUUUCUGCUUCUUAAUCCUCAAUUUUAUCUUCUUCUGUUUAUUAUCCCAUCCUUUUGGCUUCGUGCCUCCUUCCGCAUUCUCCGCGGUCUCCCUGAGCGACCCAUGCAGACGUAUUCACAUUCGUCUGUCCUGAGGCCUCGUGGUUUCCACCUUUUCGGUAUCUUCUCCAGCUCUAUCUGCAAUUGCAGACACACUCUCUACAGCUCCUCCCCGCCUACCUACCCUCUUGCCCUCCCUCCAGUCAAUAUCUUCCCCAGCUCUCUCACCCAACAAGCACAUCCAUUCCUGCCUCCCACGCACUCGCUCACACUCUCCAUUCACAUGUCCUCUCGUCUCUCUCGGCGAGACUCGACCAACUGCUGUACAAAGCAUGCGAUCGCAUCGAUUUUCGCGCUUACCCAAGAGACUUUCAUCGGCAUGACUGCCAUCACUUCGCCGUUGGCAUCGAUUUCAUCAGCUUCCGUUGAGGCUCGUCGUCAGGGCGUGUGGUUCGCUGUCACAGAGUCUGCUGGUCCGGACCGUCUAGACCAGUGUGGUCAAAGGGCAUGA